AUGCGGGUCAUAAGUUUAAGUACCCUCAACUCGCCCCCCCUCGACUCUGAUUCUGAGCCAGAACACGACAUCAACAACACCACUCUUCUUUUUGGCCCAAAGGCGGCCCGCCUUGUCAUUCUAAAGCCCUUGCCGCCGCCCAGACUUCCACCAUUCGACACCAUUACAAGACAAGACUACCAAAACCGCGCAUCUUUUCUCUCCCUCCCCGCCCUCACCAUAAUGAGGGGCCGACAAAUUUCUUGGGCUGGGGAAACCUUCGCUCUCCCGCCCCCUCCUACGGGGACCGGCAUACCUACACCCACAUAGAGUGGGGAGACGCGGAGGAGAGGAGACUAAAUGUGCGGUUCUGGCGGUUUGUUGGGGGGAUGGUGGUGGUGGUGACGGCCGCCUGCGUCGUGGCGAUCGUGUUUGGACACUAUCUGCGGGGCAGCAUUUAGUGCCACCAAAACGACGACGACGAUGACGGUACUGAUGCGGGCAUAGCCGGCGUAGGCCGUGGAAUUUGUCGGAAAAUUUGGGGGUUUUUUUACUUGAAGUGGUUUAGCAAUGCAAAUAAAGCACGCUUCCGGACAGACAA